CUACAGGGCGUGUGAUGUGUUUGUGACGCAAAGUUUUUUUGUUGGGUGUUUUUCGUUGUUUGUUUAAACUAAGUCAAACAACAAAUAUCCGUGAUAAAAAAAAUGGGGGCGUCGAACCGCAGUACGCAAGUGGCGCUUUCCAUUUCCGCGAUUUCAUUUCUGCUAUUUAUCAUAGCGUUUUCAACACCCUAUUGGUUGGUUACAGAUGGGCGUUUAGAAAACCCACGCUUUACCAACCUGGGACUUUGGGAAGUUUGCUUCAACGAUUUUCAGGAUAUUCACCGUUUCUACGACAACCCUUUCAACGGAUGCAUGUGGGUCUUUGAAGAGGAAUAUUACAUCAUACAUGAUUUUCUACUACCGGGUUUCUAUAUAGCGGUGCAGCUAUUUGCAACGCUAUGCUUCGUCAUGUGUCUUAUUGGCCUGCCUCUUACACUGGCGUUCUUGCGGACUUCUCGCGACGAUGAUCGAUACGUUGUGUUGCUACUGACCAUUGGAACUUGCCAAGUGUUGGGCUCGAUAUUCGGAUUCAUUGCCGUGGUCAUUUUUGGUGCCAAAGGAGACUCUCGUGACUGGAUGCCUGGGUGGCAGAACAACGACAUGGGCUGGUCUUUUGCGUUGGGCGUGGUUGGAGCUGUGUUGUUGUUACCUGGAGGAAUACUUUACAUGAUUGAAGCACGUCGCGAGCGCUACAAGCGCCUCAACGAAAUAAGUAAUCGAGAAGUUAGCGAAUACGGAGAUGACUACUAUCAGCACCAGGCAAACGUCGCGACGACACCCACUGCUCCAUCACCGUCUCAAUCUUACUUUGCACCGGAGCCAAGCCGUCCACGUCGUCCUCAGCCAGGACGUACCCCAAACACCCCGCCACCCGGAGGAAUCCAAACAGAUAUAUAACUGUUAAAAUCAACUCAACUUAUCUAAACAUACCUAUCAAUUUUUAGUAAUGUGUCACGAUUAAUAUUUUAGCUCGAUUCAUUCCAGCAAUUAAAUUGUCGCUAGAUGUAAUCAUACAUAAUUGAAACAUAUCCAUUAUCCGUCCAUUAAUGCUUAUUGCAAUUUUACUACCACUAUUUUAAAAAAACUUGAAAUAAAUUAUACAAACAUUUUAA